GUUAAAAUGGCGCUGCAAGAGGUCAAGAAAUAUUUGUGGCAUGCGUUUAUUGUAUUAGAUGUACAACAAACAGGCACAGUUCAAAAAUCUAGAUUAAAGGUUUUAUGUAAUAACAUUGGACAAGCAUAUGGAAAAGAAAAAACAGAAGAAGUUUUAGAUGAAAUUGAAGAAACGUCACUCUCUUUUGAAGACUUUUUUGAUAUUUUUCAACAGAAAGUUCUGACAGAUGUAGAAGAUCUGAAUUCUGAAAACAAAGCAAAAAGUUUGAACAAAGUGGAAAAUUAUUGUUGGUUAUUGUGUGGCGCCAAAUAUACAAAACGAAGUGAUAACUCAGCAUGUGCACUUUCAUCCACAGACAUUUUUAAAUUAUGGCAAAUAUUUAAUUGUUUCACAGAAACUGGCGAUGAUGGACUUGUUCUUUUACCUUUGAGUAUUGAUAUUGAAGAAAUACGUCGAAUAAUACAACUACUGUGUCAAACUCUUGGACUGUGUGAAUUAGGUCGUUGGAAAGUGAGCGAUGGAAAUGACAAUUUAAUCAAUUUUGAAACUUUUUUAAAAUGUGUAGAAUCAGCAUUUCCUGAACCAGGCAAUGACUUGACUGUAGGAAUCAAAGAUGUUAACUAUGACAUAUUGAAUGACAUUCUGAAAAAGGGAUUUCUGACCAAGUAUGGUAAUCGGUUGACAACAUGGAAAGAGAGGUGGUUUAUUCUCUACCCUAAUAAAUUAAUGUAUUUUGCUAGUCAAAGUCGUGUUAGAGUAACAGAUGAAGAUGGUGAUAGCAAGGGUUCGAUUGACAUCAACUCUGGUAUUAAAGUGGAGUCGUUACCAGAUAAAAGUGGAUGUAAACCAAAUCGUUUUGUUAUCAAAGUACCGGGUAGAACAUAUGAGUUAUGUGCCCCUGACAUACGAUCUAAGAAUGAAUGGACAGCAGCCAUACAAAAAGCUAUUGAAUACAGUGCUGAUGAUAUAAGUUUUGUAAAACAAGGAUGGAUUGACAGAAAGAGAGAGAGAGAAGAAAGAAGAAAAGCAACAGCUGAAGAUGAGUUAAAGAAACAACAAGAGAAGGAAUUGAUUGAAAGACAACAAAGGGAAUUGGAGGAACAUAGAUUGAGAAAUUUACAAGAUCAAGAAUUGCUUGAAAAGCGUAUGCAAGAACUACAAUCAGAGAAACUUGCACGAGGUGAGAUCGAAGCCAAACUGAAAGAUGAAGAAGCUUUAAGAUUAGCUGAACAAGAAAGAUUGAGAGAAUUGGAAGAAAUAAAGAAUCAGUUAGAAAGAUUGUUAGAAGAAGAACGUCAGGCCAAAAGAGAUGAAGAAAUUGUCAGAAAUCUUCAGGCCAGAAUCCUUGAAGAAGAGUUUGCUAAAAGAACUGAACUUGAAAAGCUAAAAGAAGAACAAGAAAAAUUAUUGGCACAAGAACGUAACCAGAGAGCUGGGUUAGAAAGCGAACGACAGAAACAAGAACAACUAUUCCAAGAUGCACAGAAACGUCUGAUGGAACUUGAACAAGAAAGAAGUGAUGCUGAUAAACAGCUAAGUGAAGCCAUGGAAAAAAUGAAGUUAGCCGAAGAAGAAAGAUUUAAAAUGGAGCAUAAGUUGAAGUUAAGGGCCAUCAAUAAUUCCAUGGGUUUGUCUAGACCAACUUUUGCCUCUGAUCCUAAUCCAUUUGUUACUCAUCGAGGACGAGGAGCCUUCUCUGAAUCAGAUUUCUUGAAGGUGAAAAGUUCACCAGAUGAUAAUGGAAAUGUUUUUGAUUAGAUAUAAUUGUAGGGUUGUGGGGAUGGGUUUUGUUGGGUUUUUUUUUUUUUUUUUUUUAUCACAGUAGCGUUUUAAGCAUAAUAUUACUAUCCUCAUGAUAGAAAGAGAAAGAAAUGUCACCAUAUUUUAAGACAAUGCAGAUCAAAGAUAAGUUCUUGAUUGUACCCUUAAAAAAACAAUUUAUAUGGGUAUAAAUGAUGACAAGAAUAGCAAUGACAUGUUAUUCUUUUCAUCAGGGCAAAUAAAAAAAUAUUCUGGUUUUUAGAUAAUUGCACGUCACUUAAAAAGAGCCACAUGACCCGUUUAUGGAGCCACGGUGGGUCAGUGAGUAAGAUGUUGGCUCGCUAGCCUGGAGGUCUGGUCGAUCCCUCGUUGGCCAGAAAGUUUAUCAGGGAUUUUCUGCCGUGGUUUCGUCUUGUCAGUCGUUUGGAUAAGACAAAAAAAAACGCAGUCCUGUGCACACAUUAGUGUGCACGUAAAAGAUUCCUUUACAGUUAGAAUUUGAUAUAAGAGUAGGCUGUAGUGCCGCUGUACAGGCCAAGUUUCCGCUCAUCGCACAAUGUAUGACGUAUGCCCGUCUUCAUUAGCCCAGUUCAGAGCAGAACAGUAGGACGUUAAACUCUGUUUCAUUUAUGACCUGUUUAUUAAUUACCACAUGUAAAUAUUUUCCCUAGAUUACAAGAGGUAACUACAUGUAUAUAAAACAACAUUUGAAUGAAUCCGCAAAUGUACAGUUUGCUAAGUUAGCAAAUAUGCAUCCCUGAUAAAUGUUAUGGACAAUCAUAAAUCAUACUGGGUAAUCAUACAUUCCUAUAAACAAAGUGAUCGGAUAAAUGUAGUGUCUUGAAACAUGAUGUUUAUGAGAAGUCAUUUAGCCCAGUACAUAAAAACGCAACAAAAAAAACCCUUCCUCCUGCAUCACAUUUUUAAGAAGGAUUGUCUUGAGAACCAGAAUAUUUUUUUGGUAUGGCCUUAUCUAUGACACCGAGCAAUUCUUUCCUUAGUUAUUAAUCAUAGAAGAAGAUAUUAAUGCAAGCAAGAAAUUUAAUAUGUUAAUUGAGAUCUAUUGCCAUUUAUAUGAAUUUUAAUGCUCAUUUCUGGCAUAAGUAAUAACAUUCAGUCAGAUUUAAAACAGGCCCAUCAAUUUGGUUCACAGCAAAUAAAGAUGGCAGCAUGGUUUUUAUGUAGGGAGUAGCAUAGGUUGAUAGAAUUUGCAAUUUGUCGUAAAUACUGAACGGAAUUGAAUCUUUAUGGACUGGUAUUCCUAAUAGAGUUUCAACCUUCACAAUAUUAUAGUUUUCAAGGAAUUCUAUAGUACUAAAAUUAGCCCAGAGUUUUUAAUUUAAUUACCAAGGGCAUUUCCUUCAUCAAAAAUGGUCAUUUAAUAAUAAGAUUAUGCAACAUUCUACAACUUUAUUAAAAACUAAAUAAUAAUUCAGUGGGAGUCAUAUCCCACCACACCAUACUUGUCAUAAGUAUUAUCUUUUGUUAAAUCAUAAUUUAUUGUAGUAAUAUUUAAUGUAAAAAUAUUAGUUCCAAAUAAGUUAUUGUAGUUAGAUGCCAUUCUGUGCAAAAGAGACAUUAAAUAAAAAGCAAUAAGAUAAAUGCAUCUAUCUUCAUAUUUUAUUGUUUGUUUGCUUUGUGCAAAUAUAUUUCAGAUAAAUUUGAAUAUGAUUGAUAAAUUAUUUAGAUAUAUUUGUGCUUCUAUGAAUUUUGAUUUUGUUUUUGUUUCUUAAUUAAAUGAUAAAAAAAUCAAUCUGAGUACAUAUAAUAGCUUGGAUUAUUAGCCGUGAGAAAUUUGAUAUUUUAGCGAAAAAUAUAAAUGAUACACCGUUACUUUAAAUUACACGAACUAAUAUACAAUUCCUUUAUGAUAUUGUCUAAUAUUUAGUAUGCUUAUAUUAGAUUGUGUGUGCAAAACUUAAGGUCAACAUACUGAUCCAUUACAAAGAAUAAGAUGAUGUAUAUGAUUCUUCGGGGUACACACCUUGUACAGUAUUAUAUGUUGCCCUAUUCAAGUCUGUCAUUCUUUGGGUUUUGGGUGGGUGAGUGGGUGGGGGAUAAUACUUGGAGUCAAUUAUUAUGUUGAUAUGAUAUAGACUAAAGUUAACCACAUGUAUUUUCUUGGUUAAAAUGAUAAUUCCACUACAAUCCAGUAUAUCAUAGCUAGUAGGUUAUCUGUAUACACCUACAAGGCAAUAUUUAAUUUUAUUUUAUAUACAUUAAUCACAUUAUCAUGCUUCUGGUUAGACCAAGCUGUUUCACACACACACACAUAUUCUAUAAAUCAUCACCUUCUGUUAUCAUGCAUUUUUUUUUCUUCUUGUCAAAACAAAAUAUUGUUUCACUUUUUUGGAGCAAUAACCAUACAAAAUGUUUAUUCCAAAUGAUAUCCUAGAAAUUAUGAGUAUUAGUAAAAUCUGUUCAAAUCAAUUGUAACUUGAUGAAUUUAGGAAUGAUGAUUUAAUACUGUGUGGUAACUAUUGAUACUGAUUUUAAUCUCAUGCAGGAAUCUCAUCAAGUCCAAAAACUACUACUCUAUCAUUUUUCCAGCUACAACUCUUGUUUCUGUCAAAAAUUAUCUAAAUAAUGUAAUCUUGUACAUCAGUAAACAGUAGGAAAUAAUUCUAUCAAAGUCUAUCUAGAUAAUGUAAUCUUCUAACAGAUCAGUAAACAUUCUAAAUGAUGUAAUCAGUAGGAAAUAAUUCUAUCAAAGUCUAUCUAGAUAAUGUAAUCUUCUAACAGAUCAGUAAACAUGUAAGAAAUAAAUUCUAAAUGAUGUAAUCAGUAGGAAAUAAUUAUAUCAAAGUCUAUCUAGAUAAUGUAAUCUUCUAGCAGAUCGGUAAGCCUAUGUACAGUUCAUGAAGCAACAGAAGACAACCUCAUUUUUGGCAAUUGAAUUUUUCAAGCAGCUGCAGAUCAUAUAUAUUUGUUAAAAUAACAAAUUAAUUUUUUCUGACCAAAAACAUUAUAGCCUAUUUUGAAUAUAAAUUUUUUUAUGCAGUUGUAAUUCAUAUAUUGUGUUAUAUAACAAUUCACUUUUCUGACCAUAAACAUUAUAAUAUGUCAGCCUAAUAUCAUCAUAUUGUGUGUAUUUUUUAAACUGUUUUUGUUUUUCAUGUGCUAUUGGAUUUGUUAUAAUAUGGUGGAAAAUAAAAAUUAGAUUAU